AUGGACCCGAUGAGGGAUUUGAGUGUCAGCGAUUCGCGUUCCGACUCUUCCUCAUCCCCGCCACUCACCACCAACGGUCUCACCGCUCAGACAUUGUGGCCCCAGAAUUUGGGUGACUCGAGUUUUCAGUUUAGCUCAAUGAUGUAUAACCCCAUAACUUCUCAAAUCUCUUCACAAACCAACUCCACCUCGACGACACCUCUCCACCCGACGUCUUCCAACCCGUUCGACUUCUCCUCUGCUCAACAACAGUACCUGUAUCAGUCGGCUGCAGCUGCCAGUUAUAGCCCAUGGGCCUACCAAGCGGCAUACAGUUUUCCGUAUCAGGGAAUGUAUGGAAGCACUGCGGAUCAUGGAGGCUUUAAAGCCAAGGCCAAUUAG